GUAGCGUUGAAUUGGCCUAAUAUUGUCAUACUGAUCAAGGGAACCCUACUGUGUUUUUGCACUGUUCUGGUUUUCAUGCGAAAGCUGAAACCGAACAACGACUUGACUGAAAGGCGGUAUGCAGGUGUUGUCUCAGGAUGUCUAAAUCUGUGUCGUCUACGGGAUUGGAAGUUCGUGUGGGAAGUAUGCCUUUUGCCCUGGACAAAGUGAGAACUUCUGGGCUUCUGGGCUCAAAAUCAGCUGAAGUUGCUGCCUUAUUUAAAGAGAAUUCCAAUGCAGAUCUAUCUUGCUUGCUCCGUGACACUCCGGCCGAUUCGGAGACUUUCGAGCUCGUUGCAAGAUUCUGCCAUGGAUACGCAAUUCAGAUGUCCUCUGAAAACAUUGUACCACUCAUCUGCCUGCCUUUCCACUUGGGGAUUGAUGAAAAUCACUGCAAUGACAAUCUGUUAAGCAAGGCUGUUACUUUCUUUGAGCGGGGAGUACGCCCUUGUUGGAACGAAAUCAUCAAGGCUUUGCGCUCGUCCGAAAAGUCCCUUCAACAGAUGGUGCAACUCGGUUUAUUCGAUGCCUGCUUACAGGCUAUGGUUGCAAAGGGAUCUGAUAACCCACAACAUCUAGGGGAACGAAUAAUCAUAUCGAGAAGUGACGGUGAUAGUGGUGAUAAGCCUAAUGCAAAGAGGAGGCUCUUUGCUCUGGAUUGGCAAGAAGAUUUAACAACAUUGUCUCUCCAGCUAUAUGAGCCUAUCAUUUACACAAUGAAACAGCAAUAUGAUAUUGAGUGUAUAAGGAGGAUUCUGAAAGUGUUAUACGGUAAUUACAAUAGCUCCGAUGCUUCGGGAUUUAUCACGGUUGCAGAACUCAUGGAAGAGUUCUUGGCAGAAGUUGCUUGUGAUGUAGAUUUAAUGAUAGACACUUUCAUUUCACUUGCAGAGAUGUCCAUGGCAGCAGCAUUAGGAACAAAGAGAAACUCGGACGGAAUAUACCGGGCCAUCGACAUAUACUUGGAAAAGCAUGCUUAUCUGACAGAGAAGGAGAAAGAAGAGGUUUGCAAGGUUUUGGAUUUCCGGAAAAUGUCAGCCGAGGCUUGCGAACACGCUUCCAAAAACGAGUUACCGGUGAGAGUAGUAGUGCAGGUGCUGUUUAUGGCACAGUUGCAGCUGCGGGAAACGCUGGCGCGGGUGGCGACUUAUGACGACGACAAAUCGGGGAAAGAAGAGGAGGAGGAAGAAGAUGAAGCGAGGGUGGAAAUGGAGAAAAUGAGCAUCAAGGUGAAGGAGCUUGAGAAGGAUUGCCAUGAAAUGAAGAAAGAAAUCACGAAUGGAAGCAACAGGCAAAGAGUAAAUAAAGGGAAACUGAGCUUGUGGAGUGAAAUGAAUAGGAAAUUUGGGUGCUCCAAUAACAUGGAUGUCCUCCAUUGCCCUACCAAGAAAAAGAAAGUGCAUCCAAAAUGGGGCAUCAUCUGA